ACCCAUUGGCCCGUGCUGUGGUUGGGACAUUUGCAAAUUCCUAAACCCCGUCGUCUUCUCAGUCUGAUUUCCACCGCCGGCAUACUGAAAUCGGCACUGGCACUUGCUCGCGGCUAUGGCGUUGAGGAUUGUGAGGGCGCUCGAGGCUCAGACGGGUUCAAUGUUAGGGCUUAAAGGGAUGGCUAAUGCUUUACCCCAUUCUUCGCCGAUUUCUGGGAUCCUGGACCGUAAGGAUUCCACGCCUCCGCUUGUUCUUCCGGAGUUUAACCAGGAAUCUGAUAAAGAUAGAAUCAACAACUGCAGUAUUAUGGGAUCUGGUUUCCCUACCUUAUCUUUUUCGGGGUCCAUGGAGCUCAUGGCUGUUCCUAAGAAGAAGGUUUCUCCAUAUAAAAGGGGCAUAAGAAAUGGUCCAAAGGCUCUAAAACCUAUUCCAGUUAUAGUUCGGUGCAAGAGUUGUGGUAAAGUGAAGCUGCCUCACUACUAUUGUUGUAGUGGAAGGACAGGGGAGCAGGAUAACUCAGCCAGAUGAGGCUAUUGAGAGUGAAGAGGACAGACUGUAAGAAAGGUCUUCAGUCCCAUAGAAUCCUCCCCAUAUCUGGGAGCUACAGUUUCCUUUUGAGUAUUCUUCUUUAUUAGGUUCUUUGAGUUUUGGCUCUCCUGCUAUUUGUAUGACAGAUUGUAAGAUUUCAACAUGGCCAUGUCCUUGCUUUGUGCUUAACCAGCUGACUUCAGUUUCUUCCAGGUCUGAAUUGCUUCUAGCAUAUGUUUUUCUCCUUAACCCACUUAUUGUUCUAUAGAUUAUAGAAGAUUUCUUCC